AUGAGCUCCAAAUCGUGGUGGCGUCUCAACGGCUGGGUACUCGAGCCCGAGCCCUCUACAUUUGCGCCAAACAAAAAAUGGUCGAAUAAAGACAUGGACCCCGUUCCCCGAGGGCAGCAAACGUGGACUACGUGGAACUACUGUGCCUACUGGAUUUCGGACGCGGUAAUGUCGAUCUGCUCGUCGUGUCAUUCAAAGCUUCUCAACUUCGCGUCUUGGGAGCUUGCUAGUUCAAUGAUCGCGAUUGGCUUGUCGUGGCGGCAGGCGCUGCCAGCAAUUGCGUUGGGUCAUAUAAUUAUCGCCUUCGUAAUGGUGUUGAACGGGACUAUCGGGGCACGGCUGCAUGUUGCUUUUCCAGUCAUCACCCGGUCAUCAUUUGGAUUUUGGUUCUCGUACUUUGCAGUCAUCAGCCGAGUCGUCCUCUCAUGCUUUUGGUUUGCUAUCCAGACUUAUGUCGGAUCCGAGUGUGUCUACCAGAUGCUCAAAGCAAUCUGGCCAUCGACGGCCCAUAUUCCAAAUCACCUCCCGGCCUCUGCAGGAAUAACCACUGUGGGCAUGAUGUGCUACUUCCUAUUCUGGCUCAUCCAAUUGCCCUUUCUUCUAGUCUCUCCUCAGCGCAUCCGCCACCUCUUCGUGUUGAAGGCUGCCAUUGUCCCCGCUACCUGGCUCGCUAUCCUGAUCUGGGCUCUCCAUCGGGCACCACCAAGCGUCAGUCUCAACCAGCAACACUCGUCGUUGACUGGCGGUGCCGCAAGCUGGGCAUGGUUGAGCUCGCUGAAUAAUAUGCCAAGAACGAACGAGCCCAAUAUGUGCAAAUCAUUAUCAUCCCCGUCGCGUUUACUCUGGCAGGCUUUUUGUGGAAUGGCCGUGGCAACGGCAAGUGAAGUGUUGUACGGAACUGUGAUAUGGGACCCUCUCCAACUGAUCGACCGCUGGGACUCGCGUGCUGCAUCGUUUUUUGCGGCAUUCAGUUUUACUUUGGCCACCCUCGGCACAAAUAUCUCCGCCAACUCACUGAGCGCCGCCAACGACAUGACUGUCUUACUGCCUCGCUACAUCAACAUUCGCCGGGGCCAAAUUAUCUGCGCCAUCAUUGGAGGCUGGGCGCUAUGCCCUUGGGAGAUCCUAUCGUCCGCACCGGGUUUUUUAACAUUUAUGUCGGGGUACACGGUAUUCCUUGGUCCAUUUGCUGCAAUAAUGGCGGUCGAUUAUUGGAUCGUCCAUCAAGGAAAGGUAGACGUCCCAGCCAUGUAUGACUACAAGGGCCGUUAUCGGUACUGGAAUGGAAUCAACUGGAGAGCGGUCGUUGCCCUCCUCUUCUCGGUCACACCAAGUCUUCCUGGCCUCGCCGCGAGCAUCAACACGACCAUUCACGUCGGAGACGCCUCACAUCUUUUCGACAUCGCGUGGUUGUAUGGGGUAAGAACGUCCACUUUCAGACUCGGAAACUACGCUGACGAUGUCCAGUUUUUCACAGCAGGUGUCCUUUAUUGGGGCCUUUCACUGCUUUUCCCAGCCAAGGAGACGUAUCUGGAGGAAGCUGAUCUGGGCGAUGGGUCCAUCGAGACCGAGUCGAAUCUAGAGACUAAAGUGUAA